AUGGCGGCUAAUAUGCGAAAGGAUGCGACGAAAGCUCAAGUCGACAACCAAUCCUCACCCAUUACUCCCGAUAAAGUGACCGACUUGUGGUACUCGUUGAUUCAUUGGGAUGACCUCCCACAUUGGAUGCAAGACAAUCAGCAUAUCCAUGGCAGUUACCGACAAGCUUCUCACAGCUACAGCAAGUCACUAAAUAGCAUUUUGCACUGGCACAAUGAAAGUGUCAAUAUUUGGUCUCAUCUCAUCCCUGCCACGCUCAGUCUUCCUGUGGCCUUCAUUCUAUACAGGAUCCUACAGCCUCGUUAUUCACAAGCAUCCAUUGCUGACAUCAUAGCCAUGAGCUGCUUCUUUCUCGGCGCAACGGUAUGCCUGGGUAUGAGCGCCUCCUACCACACCGUCUCCAAUCAUUCUCCCUCGGUGGCAAAAUUCUGGAAUCAGCUUGACUACGCUGGCAUCUCAACCCUCAUUGCGGGGUCCUUUGUCCCAAGUGUAUAUUAUGCCUUUUGGUGUCAUAGUGCCAAACAGUGGACAUAUUGGACCAUGAUAGGUCUCCUCGGCAUUGCCUGUACGAUGGCAUCCGUCUUACCACGAUUCAGAACUCCCGCUUGGAGGCCAUAUCGUGCCGCCAUGUUCGUUGGCAUGGGGGUAUCAGCGGUAUUCCCUGUUCUGGAUGGCUUGCACAUGUUUGGCUUCUACCAGAUGCAGAAGCAAAUUGGCCUGUCCUGGCUAGUUUUACAGGGUUUCCUGUAUAUCCUAGGUGCCGCACUAUACGCUGCACGAAUCCCAGAAUCUUGGUAUCCUGGCAAGGUUGAUACUCUGGGAAGCUCCCACCAGAUCUUUCACGUUCUCAUCGUCCUGGCAGCAAUUUCCCAUCUCAAGGGACUGUUGGUGGCUUUCGACUACCGCCAUGGUACACUGGGGUCGGUGUGUUUGUAG